AUGGACGAAGGUGAAAGGCCUGGCCUAAUUAUGGUUUAUAAUAUGGAACCUGACAACACAGGACAUAAAACUCAUGGGCCCCAGCUUGAUGAAGCGAUAAAAAGCGUGGACAAAUCACUGGAACGCUUGAUUAGGAGGUUAAAAGAUGAAGGCUUUCUGGGUUGCGUGAACAUAGUCAUUGUCUCUGAUCAUGGAAUGGCAGAAAUAAAGAAUCGCGUUGUAUUAGACGAGCUGUUUGACGUUGAAGAUCUAAUUGUUAUUACCGGCGUCAAUACCUUAAUAUUUCGGAAUGAUACCAAAUUGACAAACGAAGAAAUCAUGAGCGCAAUGACGUGUAAGGGAACUGAUCAUAUUCGUGUCUUUAACAGAUCAACAGUCCCUGUUAGAUUUCACUACACAGAAUCGAGUAGGAUUGGUGAUUUUAUUGUUCCUGCACAAAGAGACACGCUUACUUAUUUACAUCGGGAAGACAUUAAACCGGAUCAAAAUGGUAAUCAUGGUUUUGAUUACAUUGAGCCUGAUAUGCAUACCAUUAUGUUUGCUCGAGGACCAAGUUUUAAGGAAGGAACUGUACUUCCACCUUUUCCUAACGUAGAAUAUAUGAAUUUAUGGACAAGUAAUGAAAUAGACAAUACAAUAGUGAGCACUGCCUCUUCCUAUGCUCCAUUUCAUGGGAAAUACCCUAAACACUGCGUACACUAACUGCUGCAACUGUCUGCUCAUAAAAAUGAUGGUGAGCCAGAUUUCAUGAACUUGGCUCUAAUCUCUGGUGGUGGAAUCUCAAAGAUACGGCGUCCCUCAAUUAGGAUGUGCAAUAUGACUGAUGAUCUCAAUAGUCAAACAUUGGGAACAAUCUGUGGGGAAUGUUCUGCUGGAGACAAGCAAACGUUUACAAAGUGGGCCAAAUGCCCCCACGAAGGAGUCACGAAGGCAUUGUUUGUAAGCUCAGACACAAAAGGUUUUUGUUAUAUGGCAGGUUGUAACGACAUGGCUGUUAUAGACGAUACAAGGGAAGAUGUUUACCGGGCAACUCUAAUCGAGAUGUAUGAUGAGAAGGAAGAAGAGCUACUGCUUUCAAAUGAAUGUACA